AUGGAUCCCUUCUCCUCCUCGGCGAUUGCUCGGCAGACGUGGGAACUGGAGAACAACAUCGUGGAGACCGCCUCUGCCUCCGGAGAUCCGUCCUCGGCGGCGUCGGCGUCGGCGUCGGCGUCGUCCUCCUCCGCCGCGUCGGACGCCAUAUUCUACUACGACGAGGCGGCCCAGGCCAAGUUCCAGCAGGAGAAGCCCUGGACCAACGACCCGCACUACUUCAAGCGCGUGAGGAUAUCGGCGCUCGCGCUCCUCAAGAUGGUCGUCCACGCGCGCUCCGGCGGCACGAUUGAGGUCAUGGGGCUUAUGCAGGGGAAGACCGACGGGGACGCGAUUAUCGUGAUGGAUGCCUUUGCACUUCCCGUUGAGGGUACCGAGACUAGGGUUAACGCUCAGGCCGAUGCGUAUGAGUACAUGGUUGAUUAUUCGCAGACGAAUAAGCAGGCGGGUCGCUUGGAAAAUGUAGUUGGAUGGUAUCAUUCUCAUCCAGGUUAUGGAUGUUGGCUUUCUGGUAUAGAUGUAUCGACACAAAUGCUUAACCAGCAAUUCCAGGAGCCUUUUCUAGCUGUUGUUAUUGACCCAACAAGGACAGUUUCUGCUGGAAAAGUUGAUAUUGGCGCGUUUAGGACAUACCCUGAGGGGUACAAGCCUCCAGAUGAGCCCGUUUCUGAGUAUCAAACAAUCCCCUUGAACAAAAUUGAGGACUUUGGAGUGCAUUGUAAACAGUAUUAUGCAUUGGACAUCACAUAUUUCAAAUCAUCUCUUGAUUGCCAUCUUCUGGAUCUAUUGUGGAAUAAGUAUUGGGUGAACACACUUUCUUCUUCUCCUCUGCUCGGAAAUGGAGACUAUGUUGCUGGCCAAAUCUCAGAUUUAGCCGAGAAAAUAGAGCAAGCUGAAAAUCAAUUAUCUCAUUCACGAUUUGGUUCCUUGAUUGCAACACCUCAAAGAAAGAAAGAGGUGAAAUCUUUCUCACGGCAUAAAUCUUUCCUUUUAGUACUGAGUCUCGGUUAUAUUGUAACUUUUUAUAUAUUUUAUUUAUUCCAGGAAGAGUCUCAACUUUCUAAGAUCACUCGUGAUAGCGCAAAGAUAACUGUGGAGCAGGUUCAUGGUUUGAUGUCACAGGUCAUCAAGGACAUUCUUUUCAACUCCGUACGGCAGUCCAACAAAUCUCUUGUAGAGUCAUCUGGUCCAGAACCCAUGAUCGAGACCUGA